AUGCACAAACAGGAAAAACCACUGUCAAUGCUAUGGGGUUGUGAACUCAGCGAGUCAAAGAUGCAGGAAACAUUCAAAACGGAUGAUACAAACUACCAACACCAACUCGCCCUGAGAACUAUGUGUCUGGGCGCAGGCGCCAAAGAAGAGUUCAACAUUGUGGAGUUGAUUACUGGAGAACCGGCUAAUGGUAAAGGUGUAGCCGUGGCGACCCUGCAUGCCAACGGCAUGCCCAUGGUCAAUCUCUCUGGGCUUGAACUCCACCCUCCUGUCACCUUCAGGCUGAAGAGUGGUGCUGGACCUGUGUACAUCUGUGGGGAACACAUUGCACUGGAGGAUGACUUCUCAGGCAUGGAGAGUGGUGAUGAGGAGAUGGAGGACGAGGAGGAAGACAUUGAGGAGUCUCCUGUGAAGCCUAAGAAAGCACUAGCCAAAAGUGUAAAUGCUGCAGGCAAGAAAAAGAAGCCAGAGGCAGCAGAUGAGUAA